AUGGCUACCGCAAGGACUGUGAAAGACGUUUCUCCACAUGAGUUCGUCAAAGCCUACUCUUCUCAUCUCAAACGAUCUGGCAAGAUGGAGCUUCCCGAGUGGACAGACCUUGUGAAGACAGCCAAGUUUAAGGAGCUGGCUCCUUAUGAUCCUGACUGGUACUAUAUCAGAGCUGCUUCCAUGGCAAGGAAGAUCUACUUGAGGGGUGGACUUGGUGUUGGUGCAUUCCAGAGGAUAUAUGGUGGGAGCCAGAGGAACGGCAGUCGCCCACCUCAUUUCUGCAAGAGCAGCGGUUCCAUUGCCCGAAACAUCCUUCAACAGUUGCAGAACAUGAACAUCAUUGAAAUGGACACCAAGGGUGGCAGGAAAAUCACCUCCAAUGGAAGGAGGGAUUUGGACCAGGUUGCCGGAAGGAUUGUUAUUGCUCCUUGA